GGCGCGGGCGUCCAACCAACACGGGCGAGAGAGAGAGAGAGCCGCCCGCGGUGGACAUGGAUCGCAACCCACCACGGACGGGCCCGGGGUAGAGCACGUGUGUGCGCGCAACCCCCCGUACACCGUGCACGCCCCCUCGCCGGUCACGGCACACUCUGGUAAGCCGGCAGGGGUUGGACACGCCCACUCGAGGCGGAACAACCACCCCACCAGACGGGGUACGCCGGUACGCCCGACCACGUCUCCUACGACGGCUCCUCCGCUACUAAUAAUACGCCGAUAUACCACCUAUUCAAGCCACCAUGGCUCUACGUGGAGGUGCCGAGGCCAGCUUUCACGGGACGCGCGCCGCUUCUCACUCACCAAAGACACUGCUAAUCGCGCGCCCGACCACGCUCUGAUCGCCAACCACGAUUUCACACGGAUUCUACGCUGUGCUACGCGACACCCUCGGUUCGUCCGUUCCGUUUCUCGGUGAUUCGUCGCGCGCUUGUUCUCGAGAGGAAGAGGCGAGACUCGGUUGUUCGGUCACGUACACGUAAUAUCCGUCUCGUCUCGAGCGAGGAACGUUUCGUUUGGUGUUCUCCUCCUCGCUCUUCUUCCGGCAGGAUAGAGGAGAGGAGGAGAGAAAUUAUAGUGUGGUUGGAGAGGAAUCAGUGAUGGAGUUGGAGUGUGAUCGGGGGGUGUGAGUGGUGUCUCGCCGAGUCGGGGUGCACCCGUUUCCCACCACCGUUUGAGGUGAUCCGUAAUUAUUAAUUGUAUCCGUGAAGAGUGUGAAUAUUCUCUCGCUCUCUCGCGAGUAGUAACAGUAAUAGAUAAUAGUAUCUGCAGCAACAGCGACAGUAAUAAUAAUAGUAGUAGUGGUAGUUUGGAGUCAGCGGGGAGGGAGGAAGCAUUGGAAGAAGAGAAUGGAGGAUCGAGAGGCGGGGAGGAGGUAAAGGAGAGAUAACCUCGAAGGGUUAUGUGGAGGAUGCAGGAAGGGAGGACCGUGUCGCCUCUAGGGCCGGUCGUUCUACCGCGGGAGGAAGCGGAUAUGCGUGCGGGGCUGUCGCUGCCGCCUCAAGAAAGGAGGCACGUGUUGCUCCACGUACGCACAGCCGCCGAGCCUUUCGUCCGCUACGAGAACGCGCGCCAGCAGCAGCACUCGCCCUCGCCGGCCUCGCCGAUCCUCCGCCCGUUAGACAACGGGAGCGAGGCGACCUUCCACGAGAUGGAAUCGGCCCGGUCGAAGAGGAUGGAAGACGACGAGGCCGAGGAGGAGGAGGAGGAGGAGCAGGAGGAGGAGGAGGUGGAGGAGGAGAACGGCGACCGCGACGAGAGGAGCGCGAGGAGGAGGAGGAGCAGGAGGAGGAGGAGGAACGUGGUCGAGGACGAGGAGGACGAGGAGGAGCAGGAGGAGGAGGAGGAGGAGGAAGUAGUAGUGCAUCCGGGAGAUCGGAACGGAAGUUAUCAGGAGGACGAGGAGGUCGAGGUGGACGUUUGUCGGGACGAGGUGGACGAGAGCAACCCGAGCAGCCCGGUAGACUUGACCGCCCCCUCGUCGAGGGGCGGCGAUGGAUCCGACCAGUUCCUUAACCCGUUCGCCGCCCGAGGCGUCGUCCACCCUUUCUCGUGUGUUCAAAGCGGUGAACAGACCGCUACUGCCCACGGCACACCUGUGUACAUAUCCGCGCACGCCGCCGCCGCCGCCGCCGCCGCCGCGGCCGCCGCGUCGACCGUGAUGACCGUCUGCACUUCCGGGAACGCGGCACGGACGACCGGCACCUCGACCGGCGGCGGUGGCAUCACCACGACCGCGAGCACCGUCCAAGCGAACAAACGGUGCCUCGCGUUCUCCGUCGAGAAUAUACUGGAUCCGAACAAGUUCACCGGCGGAAGGGUGGUACACAGCCGCGUUCAGCAUCGGCGACAUCGGCGGCCCGACAGCGUGCACGAAGAUGGUGACUCGCGGGGCGAGUUCGCCUGCGGGAGCGGCCAGGAGGACGAGGAGGGCACGCCCGAGGCGGGGAUGGAGGAGAUGGACGAGGAGGCGGACGAGGAGGAGGAGGACGAGGACGUGGAGAUGAGGGUGGCCGAUCAAGAGUCCUCGAGCGCGGGCCGGGACGGGAGCGCGACCGCGGCGAGCAACGUGCCCUCGGCCAACUGCAAGAAGAGGCAGUCCUCCUCCUCCUCCUCCUCGUCGAGCAGCGUCCAAGCGCAGGGUUGCCAGGGUCAGAACCAGGGCAGCCAGAACGGGACCGGGGGGAGCGGCGGUGGGACAGGCGGGAAGCCGAGGAGGGCCAGGACGGCGUUCACUUACGAGCAACUGGUCGCCCUCGAGAACAAGUUCAAGACGACGAGAUACCUGUCUGUGUGCGAGCGGCUCAACCUGGCCCUCUCGCUCUCGUUGACCGAGACCCAGGUGAAGAUCUGGUUCCAGAACAGGCGCACCAAGUGGAAGAAGCAGAACCCGGGCCUCGACGUGAACAGCCCGACCGUGCCCACCACGCCGCCCCAUCCGCCCCCCUACGCGCCGGCCUUCCUCUUCGCCGCUCAUCCUCACCAGCACCCCCUCCCCCACUCGCACACGCACCCGCACCCCCACACCCACGUCCACCACCCGCCGCCCGUCCCCCCGCCGCCCCCCGGCUAUUAUCACCCGGCCGCGCCCCCCUACCCCCCCACGGGGCCGACCUUCUUCGGCCACCACCUGCCCGCCACCCCGGCCACCGCCUCCGGCCCACCACCCACCUCCACGCCAUCCUCCACGGGCCUUGCCCUCUCCACCCAUCCGCACCCCCACACGCAUCCGCACGCGUAGCGAACUCGACAAUCCGUCGCGCGGACCGCGUCCUCGUCCUCGCCUUCGCUGUAGUCGCUACAAAAGGUGGACUCGUCGCGAGUGUGGGUGCUGUGGCGCGAAUAUGUAUCGGGUGAGAAUAUAUAUAUUGUUGUACAGUAUGCACUUUGCGAGCGAGCGAGUGGUUACGAUUGCACGAGACGACGAUGCGCGAGGCAGGGGGGAUGGAAGGAAUUGGUGGUGAUUUUUAAUCUCCUGCCAUCUUUGGUCGAAGAGUAGAGCGGGUUUUCUAUCUUUCGAAAUACAAUUAUUCAUUCGUUUGGAGAAGAUCUUCAACUUCGAAAUAUAUUCGGUCAGUAUGUAUAAUAAAGAGAAAAUUGUUUCUAUAAUUUUCGUGACAUCGAUUCGAAUAGAGGGAGAAAUCGCUGUACGCUUUGAUCGAAGAGGGCAGCGCGUGAAGAAAUGAAAAGUCAAGUAUGUAAGAUGAUGUACAAUAGGGAUCGAUUAAGCGAAUCGAGGUGUCUUUCCGUGGAUUCCGAUCGUAUAUGCAGCUUCGUAGACGCACACCGCUCGCGUUGAACGAAUAUCGUCGAGAUCCACGACGGAACGCCGCAAUUGCAAAUUGUAAAUAGCGCCAACCAUUCCGUUUCUUCAUCUUCACCGAUUCCAUCUCGAGAGAAUGUUUCUUUCCUCGCGAGGAAAGAGAGAUGUGAACAGCCAACUUGGAAGAACAUAUCUCGAAUAUAUAUAUAUAUAUAUAUAUCUCCGAACGUCGACCUAUCCGUUUCGCCCACUUUGUUUUUUUGAUGAUCGUCGCGCAUGGACUGCCCCCUUCCCCCUCCUCCCCCUCCCCCUCUCUCCACGAUAGGGUAAUCGGUUUACGCGGGGGCGAGGCGCGGAAAACGAGCGCGUAUCUCUUGGAGGAUAUUGUCGGCUCGUUUAAAAUUCACCAAACACGCGAGGAGAAGGGGACAUCCCAAGCGGAAAGAUAAAUACGCGGUGAUACGCGGCCUUUGGAAUAACAACAGGCGGUCGAUUACAGCCGGCCGGCUGUAAAACCGGAUAUAUAUAUGCGCAAUUGAAAAAAAAAUUGAACGAAUAUACGAGGGUUAUUAUUAUUAUUAUUAUUAUUACUACGGUUUUUAUUAUCAAAUUGUGCAAUAUUCGUGUGUAACGCGUAGGAGGGGGGGAACGGAUGGGGGGAGAAAGGGAAAAUCGAGUGAAACCGAUCGAAGUUUUCUUUAUCCGUUUCUCGAUAUAUUAAUUGAAUAUUAUUAUGAAAGAUCGGUGGAAACUUUUGUUGUUGUUUUUGAAAAGAUGAACAACAGGGAAUGAAAUUUCUCGUACAUCGUUGUAACAUAUUCAACGCCUUCGUCGAUGAAGGAAAAUGGAGAGAUCAUCUGUAAUAGGUGUAAAAAACGGAAGAAGGAAGGCGAAGAGGUGGUAAGGUGUGCGUGAGAGAAAGGGUUAGCGGAGCGGGUGUGUCUGUCGCGAGUGGAUGAGCGAGCGAGCGAGAGAGAGAGAGAGAGGGAAGGAUUUAGCGAGCAAAUUUUUUGUGCUGCAAAAACUGCAAAAAACUGAACCACGUCGGAACGCAGUGGAACGUUCCUGUGUAAAAUAAAAUACCGUACGUUACACUCGUAAGCCUUUGCCAGUAAAUACACGCAGAUUAUCCCAUACAGCAUACGCGCCGGCCUCAACGAAGAUCGAUCAACCCUGCGUGCACCCGAUGCAGGUGCCGCUGCAAAUCGAGCAUACUUUGCGUAUUAUGCGUAUUUCCAUGCUUCGAAUCCAUUCGAAUGAUCGCGUGGCCCCAACGAUUUUACGUUCCUUACGUAUCCUCGUCUCGAACGCUACCAUCCUCCUCUCUUCUCCACUCUCCCUUGAAUCAAUCCAUUUUCCAGAGAAAAAUUAUUAAACGCACAGUGUGCAUUUAUUUUCGUUAUACGCUCGAGUUCGUUUUUUCACUAUGAAUAUGAUAGUAUAUAUAUAUAUUGAAACAAACGUAAAAUUGAAAAUUUCUAAUAAAAUUUAAAUUCGAUCGAGUGUUCCAAAAAAGUGCAAGUGUUUCCGAUUAAAUAUCUCUUUUUAAAUAUCGUAUCGAGCUUGUUAUAACGAGUGAAUAAACACUGUACUUGGACUCUGAACGAUCUGAGAGGCCUGGAAUUCUAAUUAUCUCUUAAACUUUUUCUACCCGCUUUUUCUUAAUCAAUCCUGCUCCACAAUCGGUUUCUCGAUUGUGUGCUCACGGCGAAGCGGAGUCGAAAUUUUCGCGAAAGUGGGAAGAGAGAGAGAGGGAGAGGGAGAGGGAGAGGGAGCUCGACAGAAAGAACGGAGAGUCGCUAAACGAGUCGAGCCAUUAGACGGCCGGAUGGCGGAGGAAUAUUACGCGCUUUGAACGGCCGUUCGCCCAAACUCGUCCAGCCUUCCACGCACGGUUCGUGAUAUACAGUGGCGGCUUGUUGUCAACCCGUCCCAAAGGCAGCCACGUUCAAUUGACGGAAAAUCGCUCGCGCCUUGCUUUGAUGCCGAAAUUAGAAAGCGCGAGGCGAGGCGCAGGCCUCCUGAUCCGGCCUCCGUAGGCGCUGACAAAGGCCUCCUCUGGGACAAUGAUGGACGUUUGACGAGCAGAGAUCGGCGCUUUUUGCGACGCUUGGACACGAUAAUUCGCUUCCCCUCCGCUCCUUUCUCCUUUCCUUUUUUUUUUCUUUUUUUUGGCAAAUGCAAGAAUCUUGAAACGAACUCGUUAAAAGGAGAAACGUUGUAAUUAGAAUAAAAGAAGAGAAUUUUGCAUAAGAGAUAAAAAUUAAAAGGGAUCACGUUCGAAUCGAUGUUUAUAAAGAAUCGAUCUGCAGCGAGGCUUCUGAAAAAUGGCGGUGGUCGAUGAGCGGGUAACAUAUCGCUCGAAACGUUCAACGUUGGCGAUACAACGCUAUUACUCAUCGUCAUUAAUGAGAAAGAUAUUUCGACUGGUCGUUGUAACCCAGUCCCAAUGGAAUUUUUCGUCGACAUCCGACAGCGUGAAAUAUUUUUACCCGUCGCUCGUGUCCAUGCGAACAUAUGCGUGCAAAUCAGUCCAGAUGAAACACUACACGUCGUUCGCAGAGGAAUCGUUGGAUGUAUAAAUCGAUCCCCCUCUACCCUUGGUAACUCGAAUCUCGAAAAGAUCUCUGUAAAAUCGUGUAAGAAAUUCGUUAGAUUAUUAUUUUUCCAAUCGGGAAAAGGAAUCGAAGAAGAAUUCAUAAAAUUUUAAAUUGGAAUUAGUUUUUCUUUUCUUAAAUGAAUGAAUCGUUCUCCACAGAAAGAUGGAAAGAUCGGAUAAUCGGUGAUAAAAGUUUCAUUUAUAAGAUUCUAAUCUAAUCAAAUCUAAUAAUAUUCGCGAAAAAUUUCUUAUUGCAUUAAUUUCCAUCGUUACUUCUAUACAUUUUUCUUUUUUUUUCUUGGAAAUCAAUCGAUUAAAAUCGAACGCAAAAAUCCUCCUCCUCAUUAUACACAUUUUUCCAGACAAAAAAAGAAAGAAAUCACAGAAAUUCGUCCGUCCAGGACAAAAGACAGGAAAUCGGUGAAAAAUCAGCAGGGCAGGGAAAAUUAGCCUUAUCAGUCUCACCAACCCAUUCGACCGUAGACAAUGAAAAAGACCUCCUCGUGUUCCUCCCCCUCCCUCCUCACGUUUCAGGCCCUUUCCUUUUUAUCUCGACCCUUCGAAACGACGGUGUUAUCAAGCCAAGGGAUGCCAGAGCUCCGGGGGAGUUGAGUUAGAUCGACGCGAACGGUAAUGCGAAAGGAGAGCGAAUAAGAAGAGGAAGAGGAGGAGGAAGAAGAAGAAGAAAGUGGCCUCUCUCUGGGGGAGAGAGAGAGAGAGAGAGGAGGGAUGAUCCGAGGGGGUAGGCGGGAAGGAGGAAGAGAGCGGAAGAGGCGGCUGUCGCACGGCCGCCGGACGAUUCUCUCGAAUUAAUUCUUAGGGGUGGAUUUGGAAAGGGGCUCCGCCACCGCUGCCGCCGCCUGUAAGGGGUGUGAGUCGACCGAGUGGACCGUGAAAUAACCAACCCCGCGCGACACUCGCUCCCCGCGCACAGUGGCGUAACCUCGACGGGCGCAAGGUGGAAUCGUACGGAGGAAGAAAGAAAGAAGAAAUUCUUUCCUCGAGCACGCUUAACCUCGGAGAAUGGAACACGGGUGCAAACAUGGAGGGAGGGAGGGGGGUGCUAAUUAACGAUCCGUCUCGGGGACUCUUGGGCGUUGUGUCCCUCGUGUCGGCUUGUCUCGGGGAUGAUUGGCUCAUUAGCGUCGAAAAUCAACGAUAUUGAUCGAUAUUCGAAACAACGAGGGACACGGUCGUAUCAUAUUUCGAUAUUCCGAUCGAAUCACGAUUUUAAUUUGUUGAAAGUUAUUGGUGUAGAUAGAAGAUUUUUAUAUAUAAAUCGUGGAGUCUAAUUCAUUUGUUUAAGUUUGUAUCAAGAAUUGAAAUUGAAAAAUGACACGAAAUUAAAUGGUUUUUUACCAACGGGAAAGAACGAAAUAACAAUAAUACACUCUUUAAAUAUCGAAUUUUAAAUUCAUUUUUAAACAAAAUUUUCCAAUUCUUCGAUACUAUAUUCCAUAUAUUUCGAACGAUCGUUAUCAAACACCAUCGUUAACCAGAAACAAUUUUCCAAACCCCUUUCACGCCCUUUUAAUUAAACGCAAUAUUUAUUCCCAAUUUAAAUCAGCAGCCCGCGACGGGGAUAAAAAAAAGAAGAAAAAAAGCUGUUAAAAUAAAUUCUCCCUAGGACCUACGCGGCAAGGCAAGGCCGGCUAAACCUCUCCGUUCCCCAAUGUGGCGCGUUUAAAAUGGUGGGGGAAGGGCUCGUUAUCAGCCGCGUGAAAAGGCGCGUAGCGCGACCGGUUAGGAAGUCGGUCGUGGUCUAGAGUUACCAAUUAUCCACGGUCAACCGUAUAGCCGCCGCCGCCGUAUAUACCCCCUUUGUCCUUUCCCCGUCCGCUCACCGUCGGGUGCCAACAACGGGACGACUCCUGUGUAGCGGUUGUGCACACCGAUCCACCCGGAUCCGUGUUACGGAUUAGCAGUUUGAGGUCGCCGAGUCGCACGCAUCGAGCAAGGCACGCUGUUGCCACUGCAGUCAACCCUGUUCCACUUAAGCGUGUAAUAGCUCGAUAGCUGUUCGUUCGUCCUGUCUGCUGCUGCGGAUACGACGAGGGCGCGCACCACUUGCGCGCGCGUGCUAUUUAUAGGACAAGGAGCUACCGAAAUAUGCUUGGAAAAAAAAAAGGAAAAGGAAAGGAAGGAAGGAGGGAAGGAGGGAAAAAGACGUUUCUUGAGCGACGUUUCGCGGAACAGGUAAUUGGUCCGGCCGUGGUUAACGAGGCUAUCCUUGCCUUGAGGAACGCGCACGAUUUCGACUUGGAUUCGGAAUUGGACCGACACGCUGAUUGGAAUCCGUUAAUUGGGCGUUUGAUAGAAAUGGGAAGUUUGGAGGGGGGGGAUAUAUUUUUGUUUAGGAAAUUGGAAGGAUUGUUUUCUUCGAAAAAUAGAUGUGUUAUACGGGUCCAAAUGAGUCGUUUACCUAAUUGAACCUAAUUGAAACUUGUAUCGAGAUGCGUGUAAUUCUUUUUUUUUUUACAUUUUAAAUUGUAAACAGGAGAAUUCUAAUUUAUUAUUCGAAGGAAAUAAUAAAUAUCCAGCUAUUACGUAAGUGCAAUUUACCUUAAUUAAAGAAAUUUCUACUUGUGAAUGCAAUUAAGAGAAAUAGAGUAAAUUAAUGAUUGUAUAGUCGAGCAAGUGUACCUGAAACGACGUAUCGACAUGUCUCUUGAAUUUGUCAACAAAGUUACGUAACAAAAUUCAAAAUCGAGAUUAUUACUUUCAGGAGACUUUUAGAUGACUAAUAAAAUCAGAUCCUCCAUACGCACGCACACAAUUCUCGUGCGUUACACUUUUUUGUCGAAGAACAAUAUUAUUAUUAUCGUAUAAGACGUAAGAUUCGUGGACAAAGAAGGGAGGAGGGCGGGUUGUAACGGCGCGAUCGAGCAAUAUUUUCGCAGGAUCCCCAGCUGCGAAGAGGGUUGGGGAGGAGACAAAGUCGGUUCUUACGGUGGCGGCUCGAUUCCGGGCAGUCGUAGUUAAAUCGGAUAGCGGGACGAACCGUAGACGAACAAAAGCCUCCGCGGAUCGAUCGAUUGGCUGCGAGCCGUUAUCUUUCGCGUCCGCGCCACUCUCUUUCCUCGUCCAACCCGCGCCGCUGUUUCCCGCCCGCGAUGCGGACGCGUCCUCUCGCUUGUCUCGCGAGCGGAACCAGAUCAACCGGGGGGAAGGGGAUUAUGGCAGCCGCUCCUCCCUCUCUUCCUUCUUCCUUUUCUUCUUGGGACCGAUCCCAUCGAAACCUCUCCUCUUUGGCUCCAUUUGACGCGAAUUAAGUGGAAGCUCCGAAACGGUUAUCUCAGAGGGAGGGGGUUAAAAUUCGUUUGGCAAAUUUUCAUUUGACUCGCCUCGAUUUCGCUUGAACAGUUUAACGAUCUUUCUAGAUCGAAAGAUCGAGAAUCACUACACCUCUUACUAAAUAAUUUGUAAGAGUGUGCAGAAUACACACUGAUUAAUCGCAAAAUUAUAUACCAUCGUUUCUUCAAAAUUUCUUCAAAUUUCAUUCGAAAAUCGAACAAGGAAAUCCAUCCGAUUCUACUUAUCCAAAUCCAAUCUAAAUUUAUUAUCAAAAUAUCCGCUUAAUUACCAGCCGGGGUUUCGAUUACCAUCGACAUCGAGUCUAAUCCUCGGCCGAGCAGCGCCGAUUGAUUUUACAGCCGGAACAGGAGGAAGGAAGGAAGGAA